CAUACUAGAUAGGAAAGAGAAACCCAUGUUAUUUGAACCAGGCCAGGGUAGAGAGAGAGAGAGAGAGAGAGAGGAGAUAGAAUGAGACUCAAGACCUGCGUAGAUUCUUGUGAAUGCUUUCUCUCACUAAAAUUAAAAUGUGCAGAGGAUUCUGUGGACUGCCGUCAUGCUUUUCUUUCAAUGUAGGGAGGUGGAGGGGGAGUCUGUGAACCUUCUUUUCUCUCUCUAAGAUCCAAUGUAGAGAGAGGAGAGGAGAGAGGAGAGAGGAGAGAGAAAGUAUUGAAGUCCCCACCAGCCAUGUCUGUAAUCACCAAAAUGACCUUCGUCAACCCUCCCUCUCUCCCUCUUUCUCCUCCUCGCCCCCCUUCCUUUCUCUCUCUACGCCGCCGCCUCGAAGACACCCUCCUCUCUCUCCUCCCCUCUCUCUCUGAAACUCCAAACGUGAAACCUCUCCUCUCUCAGCUCCACGCCAUCGCCCUCCGCUCCCACCUCCACCUCCAUCCCACAAUUGCUCCCCUCCUCAUCUCCUCGUACUCUCUCUCCUCCCCUCUCUCCGCCCUGUCUGCUUUCACCCUCUUGCCGAACCCGAAUUUCAUCCGCGCCCUCUCGAAAUGCCCUCCUCCUGUCUCUCUCCUUGCCUAUAUCCAGACCCUCAGAGCCAAUUUUUCACCUGAUGCUUUUGCCCUCCCCCUCGCCCUCAAAGCUUGCCCUCCUAACCUGAAAAUAGCUUUCUCUCUCUAUGCCCACGCCCUCAAGUUCGGCCUCCUAUCGCAAACCGAUGACAUUUUUGUUCAAAACUCAUUUAUUGAUCUCUUCUCAAAAUGCCUCGACCCAAAUUCAUCUCGUAAAGUGUUUGAUGAGAUGCCUCAUAGAGACUUAGUUACCUAUAAUUCAAUGAUCUCGGCGCAUGCAAAGGCGGGGGAUCCUGAUGCGGCGCGCGAGCUCUUCGAUGGGAUGGCAUCCCCUGAUGUCAUAUCAUACAAUGCUGUGCUUGAUGGCUAUGCAAGGGCAGGGCGCGCAGAUGAGGCCUUCUCGGUGUUUGAGCAUAUGCCUGCCCGCACGGUGGUCUCGUGGACCACUGUGGUCUCAGGGUACAUAAAAGCUGGUGAUCUCGUGAUGGCUCGGAUGCUUUAUGAUAGAAUGCCUCACCGGAACUUGGUUUCUUGGACUAUAAUGAUUGUCGGGUACACGGAGAGAGGCCUUAUUGAUGAGGCCUCGGCUUUGCUUGAUCGAAUGGUGGGGGUCGAGGGGCUUAGACCCGAUGAAGUGGCUGUCUUAAGCUUGGUUUCGGCAUGUGGUGAGUCGGGUGUAUUGGGUUUUGGUCGAAGGGUCCAUGGACACAUAAACAACGCCCCAGCUCUCAGAAAAAGCACUCGAGUCUCCAAUGCAUUGGUCGACAUGUACUCGAAAUGCGGAUGUAUAGAUGAGGCAGUUAAGGUCUUUGAAUCGAUACCAAACAAAGACACAAUCUCUUGGAAUGUCAUGCUACAAGGGCUAGCAAACCAUGGUCAUGGAAGGCAAGCCCUAGGCCUCUUUGCUCGAAUGCAGGAUGCGGCAAAUGUAUUACCUGAUGGGGUCACAUUUGUUGGUGUUUUGUGUGCGUGUGCGAGAGCGGGGCUUGUAGACGAAGGGCUUCGACACUUUACAAGCAUGCAAAGUAAGCAUGGUGUGGCCCCUAAGGUAGAGCACUAUGGGUGCAUGGUCGACCUCUUUGGGAGAGCGGGCCUCUUGAAUGAGGCCUUUGAGACUGUGAAAACAAUGCCAUUUGAGCCCAAUGAGGUGGUUUGGGGGAGCCUGCUUGGUGCUUGUCGAACUCAUAACAAUGUGGGUUUGGCGGAGAAGGUGGUGGAUCAAUUGAUUAAAUUGGAGCCUGCAAAUGCGGGGAAUUAUGCGCUUUUGUCAAAUGUUUAUGCAUCGGUUGGGCAAUGGCAGGGAGUGGCGAGGGUGAGGUUAAGGAUGAAGGAGCUGGGGGCCGAGAAGACACCUGGUAGGAGUUCGAUAGAGGUUGAUGAGGUGGUUCACGAGUUUACUGUGGGUGAUCGAUCUCACCCUAAGGCGAAACGGAUCUAUAAGAUGUUGCAUAGGCUGAGCGAGCAUGUACAGAUGGCAGGUUUGGAGACUGAGGAGCUAGUGACCGUUUGAAGAGGAGACCAAUAGCUUGAAAGAGCUGCUCAGCCUUGCAUGGGGUUCUGGUCACUGGACUUAAAGAUUAGGGUGCAGGGCCUGCAAUGCAUGGGCUUUGUCGUCAUGGCUUGAUUUACUAGGCUCAAGGGACAGAUGAUAUGCUCCCGGAUUUGAAGCUCAACAUACCCACCUCGAAAGGAAAAGGAGAGAUCAUUCGUCAGGAAGAAAAGAAAAGGAAAGCAGACAUCUCCAUGUUCUUGAUAGCUUGUAAGAGCUUCUCAGCCUUACAUGUGGUUCUGGUCACUGGAGUUAAAGAUUAGGGUGCAAGGCCCGCAAUGCUUUCCAUGGGCUUUGCUCUCAUGGCUUGAUUAACUGGGCUCAAGGGACAUGUGAUAUGCUCCCGGGUUUGAAGUUCAACUUACCCACCUCAAAAGGAAAAAGAGAGAUCAUUCAUCAAGACGAAAAAGAAAAAGAAAGCAGAGAUCUCCAAGUUCUUGAUAGCUUGUAAGAGCUUAUCAGCCUUACAUGGGGUUCUGGCCACUGGAGUUAAAGAUUAGGGCGAGGCCUGCAAUGCUUUCCAUGGGCUUUACCCUCAUGGCUUGAUCUACUGGGCUCAAGGGACAGAUGAUAUGCUCCUGGGUUUGAAGUUCAACUUACCCAUCUCAAAAGGAAAAAGAGAGAUCAUUCAUCAGGAAGAAAAAGAAAAGGAAAGCAGAGAUCGUCAUGUUCUUGAUUGCACCUAUGCGCAUUUAUUGAUUUGGGCUAUGGGCCUUGGAAUGGCUCAUGUACUGUAUCAGUUAAUCCCUGACAGGGCUUUGCCCUGAAGCUAAUUCAUUCCUCUUGUAAAUAAGGUCAUGCAGUUGUCGCUUUGGCUUCUGUGAGGAAGGUGUAAGAGUUUCUUGCUGCUUUCAACAACGGGGAUUAGGGGCAUGAUUUUUUAAGAGAUUGAAGGGAGUAUGAAUUAAGAGGGGCAAAAUAGUUAUUGGCCCUUACAUUUUCUGAACUGGGCACUUUCAAAGCUGAACUGGGAGCACAAUGGCCAUUGUAGAGCAUAAUUGACGAAUCAGGUGUGGGUUUGAGUGAUUAGCAAUUGAUGUUAGAAACAAUACAUCUCACAUCUCAAGUUUGAUUCCUGCUGUUGAAACACCCAAAAAAAAAAAAAGACUUUUUUCAUGGUGACUAAGUCACACUAAGGCUUUUUCCCAUUGUAUGAUAGAUGCAAGGCAAUAUGAGAAGUCAAUAUCCAUUUUUU